AUGAAUGGUGUCGACUACGAGCAGGCAGCCGAGGCCGAGGCAGAAGUUCUACAAAGGAUCCGUGAAAUGGAGCAUCCGCAUCUCAUCAAGGCGAUUGCUUACUACAAAAGGGGUGAUCGAUACUUUAUCAUUUUCCCGUGGGCCGGAGGUGGCAACCUCCGAGACUACUGGGGAAGAGAGCCUCCUCGUAAGCUAGAUGCAGAUUUUGUUGGCUGGGCUCUUGGCCAGCUCUGUGGCCUGGCUAGUGCGAUGAACCAGCUUCAUUCGACAAAGGACUCCGCAUGUCGGCACGGGGACCUGAAGCCAGAGAAUAUCCUUUGCUUCGAGAACAACAAGAGCUCCGACUCAUUUUCUCAGCCAUUUCUCGUCAUUGCGGAUGUUGGUCUGGCUAAAGUUCACAUCUUGGCGACGGAGAUGCGCAACGAAGCUACACGCACGAUGAACGGAACGGUUAUCUGUACUGCUGCUAACGAAAAGACUACCACGAUCGCGACGUUAUGA